CAAGCGACGUCAAAGGCGGGACUGAACCGAAAGUAAUUCCAACUAGUACACACACAUUAUGUUCAAUAGAUAUGGGAGGAUUCCUGGAUAAGCCAAAAACAGCAAAGCACAAUGAACAAGGCGAAGGCAACAAGUUGCUCUUUGGCGUCAGCUCGAUGCAGGGCUGGCGGUGUGAAAUGGAAGACGCGUAUUAUGCUCAAGCCCGCUUAGGCAACGCUUUGGAAGGCUGGAGCUUCUUUGCGGUUUUCGAUGGUCAUGCAGGUUGUAAGGUUUCGGAGCAUUGCGCCAAGAAUUUGCUGGACAGUAUCAUUACCACAGAGGAAUUCAAGAGUGGGGAUCAUGUAAAGGGAAUACGAACUGGCUUUCUGCGCAUUGACGAGGUGAUGCGACAGCUGCCCGAGUUUACCCAAGAGGAGGAGAAGUGCGGCGGUACAACGGCCGUUUGCGCAUUCAUCAGCUCAACGCAGGUGUAUAUAGCCAAUUGUGGAGAUUCACGCGCGGUGUUGUGCCGCCAGGGUGUGCCAGUGUUUGCUACCCAGGAUCACAAGCCCAUUCUGCCCGAGGAGAAGGAGCGGAUUCACAAUGCUGGCGGCAGUGUAAUGAUAAAGCGUGUCAACGGAACACUUGCUGUAUCCCGUGCCCUAGGCGACUAUGACUUUAAAAAUGUUAAGGAGAAGGGCCAGUGCGAGCAGUUGGUCUCCCCUGAACCGGAAAUCUUUUGCCAAAGCCGCCAAGACACGGACGAGUUCCUAGUACUCGCCUGUGAUGGCAUCUGGGAUGUGAUGAGCAACGAGGAUGUAUGCAGUUUCAUAUACUCCAGGCUUAAAGUGACCUCAGACCUGGUAAACAUUGCCAAUCAGGUAGUUGACACCUGUUUGCACAAGGGCAGUCGUGAUAAUAUGAGCAUUAUAAUAAUUGCUUUCCCCGGAGCACCAAAGCCAACUGAAGAAGCUAAAGAGGCUGAGCGACGGUUGGAAAAACAAAUUGAGAAGAUCGCAAGAGAAGAGAUUGAGAGUAAUCAGAUCACGGAGUACGUGGAGCUGUUAAAGUGUCUCCAAGACAAAGAUGACAUAGUAGGUCUUCCACCCGGCGGCGGCUUGCAGUCCAAAUAUCACGUUAUUGAGCGAACAUUCAAGGAGGUAUUCCCAGAGAGUCCAUGUGAACUGUAUGCAUAUGAUGAGCUAUGAAUUUUUUAAUGCUAAAUAAUGUUAAUUUCUAAAUCAACAACAACAGCAACAACAACAACAACCAAAACCAAAACAAACAACCAUCCAACAAGAGAACAAUUGAAACUAAAAGCCCUUGAAAUUCAUAUACUCUAACUGUAAGGCGAACGCCACUCUGUCGUUUCCGUCUCUUGGUUUUUGCAUAGAUAAUGAACCUAUUGUAAGAUUUACAGCACCCAAAUUAAAUUCAAAAUAAAAAAGAAAAUAAAUAAAUAACUAACAGGCGCCCUGCAUGUUCGCUUGCUGCUCUACCCCCGCAUGCUCAUCCAAAAACAAUAAUAAAGAAAU